AUGGCGAAAGGGUUUCGGUUUUUAAACUUAAUCAAGCCGAUUAUGCCCAUCCUCCCCGAGGUACGGACGCCUACAAGGAAGGUGCCGUUCAAGGAGAUGUUGAUGUGGACUGGGGUAUCGUUGUUCGUCUUUUUGGUUUGCUGCCAAAUUCCUAUUUAUGGCGCUGUCACCAACAAGUCUUCAGACCCUUUUUACUGGAUGAGGGUUAUCCUGGCAUCUAACAGGGGAACGCUGAUGGAAUUGGGUAUUUCGCCCAUUGUGACUUCUUCUAUGGUUAUGCAAUUGUUGGCUGGAUCUAAAAUAAUAGACGUUGACCAAUCACUGAAGGAGGACCGAGACCUCUACCAGGCCGCCGAAAAGUUGUUUGGGUUGUUAGUAACACUUGGUGAAGCUGUUGCUUACGUGGUGAGUGGCAUGUAUGGUCCUGUAUCCGAAAUCGGGGUUUUCAAGAGCACGGUCAUCAUUUUGCAAUUGUUCAUGGCGGGUGUAAUCGUCAUAUUGUUUGACGAGAUGUUGCAGAAGGGCUAUGGUCUUGGUUCCGGAAUCUCACUCUUCAUUGCCACGAAUAUAUGUGAGACGAUUCUAUGGAAGGCCUUCAGCCCAACAACCAUUAGCACAGACAAAGGUACGGAAUUUGAAGGGGCAUUAAUAUCCCUUUUCUACUGCUUUUUUGCCAAAGGUAACAAGUUGUCGGCAUUCAGAGACGCUUUCUAUCGUUCACACGCUCCAAAUGUGACUAAUCUUCUAGCAACCGCUCUCAUCUUCACCAUAGUGAUUUAUUUGCAAGGCUUCAGGGUGGACUUACCCAUCAAAUAUCAAAAUAUGCGAGGGCAAAGAAGUACAUACCCAAUCAAGUUGUUCUACACGUCAAACAUUCCCAUCAUUCUACAAACAGCACUCGUCUCAAAUCUCUACUUCUUUUCCCAAUUAAUCUACAGGAGAUUCAAGAAUAAUUUGUUUGCCAACCUUUUAGGGCAAUGGCAAGAAACGGAACACGGAUCGUCAGUGCCUGUUGGAGGUAUCGCAUACUAUAUUUCUCCCCCUAUAAACUUCAAAGAAAUCAUAAAUGAUCCCAUUCACACCCUGGUGUAUAUCACCUUCGUCCUGGUAUCUUGUGCCGUAUUCUCCAAAACGUGGAUUGAAAUUUCGGGUUCUUCAGCUAGAGAUGUAGCUCGUCAACUUAGAGACCAAAGAAUCGGAAUGGUCGGUCACAGGGAUUCUCCUCCUUCCCUUACGAAGGUUUUUGGAAGGUACAUCCCAACGGCAGCCGCCUUUGGUGGUAUGUGUAUCGGUGCCCUUACCAUUUUGGCGGACUUUUUAGGUGCACUGGGAAGUGGCACUGGUAUUCUGCUGGCUGUUACUAUCAUCUAUCAAUAUCAUGAAAUGAUGAUCAAGGAACAAGAAAGAAGCGGAUCACUUAUAUACAGUUGA